UGUAAGCACGCUCGUAAGUAUCGAGAGAGAGAGAGAGAGAGAGAUGUGGGCCGCCGCCGGCGCCGGUUGCAAGCCCUCCGGUCUCUCCCAAGGCUUUGAAAAACUGAAUCUUAACCGUUCAUCGCACACGCAACCAUCGCCAAUAGCAGUUCAGCUUCACGUUAGUAUUCAAGCCGGCGCCGGCGCCAGUCUCUCCUACCAGUACCAGAAACGGCCGGUGCUGGUGUUUUACGGCGGAAGCGGGAGUGGUUCGGGGGCAGGGGGAGGAGGAGGAGGAGACGGCGGCGGAGAAGGAGGCGAUGAAUCGGAGGGAAAGCGGAAGAAGGAGGCGAUUUUGGCAUUGGCGGUGGAGGAGGAAGUGAGGAAGGGAGGGCGAUUGCUGGACGGCAUUCCCAAGGACUUGGCGGCGGCGAUCGAGUCCGGUAGAAUUCCGGCUUCCAUCGCUUCGAGGUACUUCGAGCUGGAGAAGUCGCCGCUGCUGCGGUGGCUGCUUCAGUUUGGCGGCUUCAAGGAGCGGUUGUUGGCGGAUGAUCUCUUCGUGGCCAAACUCCUCAUGGAGUGCGGCGUUGGCAUCUUUACUAAGUUAGCUGCAGAGUAUGAAAGACGAGGAGAAAACUUUUUUAAGGAGCUGGAAAUUGUUUUUGCAGAUCUGGUGAUGGGCGUAAUUGCCGAUUACAUGCUUGUCUACCUUCCUGCUCCUACGGUUGCUCUUCGAUCACCUGUUGCAGUCAAAACUGGACCUAUUAUUAAGUUCUUCUACAACUGCCCUGAUAAUGCAUUUCAGGUCGCUUUUGCUGGAACCUCGUAUUCACUUUUACAGAGAAUUGGUGCCAUAGUGCAUAAUGGGGCAAAGCUUUUUGUGGUUGGCACCACUUCAUCUCUGGUUGGUAUGGUUCUUACAAAUGCUAUGAUAAAUGCAAAGAAGGCCGUUGAAAAGUCCACUGCAGAUGAAGGAGAGCAUAUGCCUGUAUUAGGUACUACUGUUGCUUAUGGUGUCUAUAUGGCAGUCUCCAGCAACCUACGAUACCAAGUAGUGGCCGGGGUCAUCGAACAACGGAUCUUAGAACCCUGGCUGCGCCAACACAAGUUAAUGCUAAGUGCACUCUGCUUCGCUGUCAGAACAGGAAACACCUUCUUGGGUUCGUUAAUGUGGGUGGAUUAUGCUCGUUGGGUUGGCGUUCAGAAGGCCAAGGAAGUUGAAUAACACCAAUCCAUCUUCUUCCUCUUGCUUGUUGAGCUUCAUAACCGAGUGUUGGCUUGGGCUGUCCUAUUAGUCGAGACAUCACAAGAAGUCAACCGCCUUACAUACCGUAACAUUACGUGUUCAAUAAAGAAUAGGCUCGAGCCUUCGGGGAAAGGUCUGAAAUAACGUUUAUAGCUGAGUCAAAACUCAAACAAGAGUUAGCUCUUCUGCCCUUCAUUAACUUCCUUUAGUGUGGAAUGCGGAUCGUACUCAGAGCGUGUAGUUUCAAACACUCUGAUAGUAACGGUUAUGAUAUGAACAAUUGUUCUUGAUUUUAUGUAACUCACAAAUAACAUGAAAGUAUUUACAGUUAAGAUAAGUAAAAUGAUGAAUAAAGAUCAUUCAUCUAGCAAA